GUGUCAGUUCAGCCACUUCCCAAUUUAUUAAUAAUUUUCAAGAAAAUGUCGCUUAUUCCCAUUGAGGUGCCCAUGCAGCCAUAUGCUGGUAAACUCCUGGUCAUCAAAAAUCUCAUUCUGCCGGAGGUGACGCCCCAGGAUUUGACCAAGUCCAGCAACUUGGCCAAGAAGAAGCCGCGUGCCUCCUUCUUCGAGCGCAGUAGCCUAAUGAAGAAGCUACUCAAAAACUUGACCCAGGCCAACAUGGCGGAUGAUAUCUACAUGGUGGACCACGAGGCACUCUUGGAUGCUUUCUUGGCCGCCCUGGAGACCUAUAUGAAAUUGGUGGUCCAGAAGACCAUCGCUUUGUGCGAACAUCGAUCGGGCUAUCAUCUGUACAACGACGUAAGGUGUGUGAUGAAGAACGACAUGAGGACCACGAUGAUGUUCCUCAACGAUCUGGAGAUGGCCGACUAUGGAUCCUCGGACGACGAUGCCGGGUUCUAUCGCAAACACCGAACGGAGAGUGCCGAUAAGGAGAAAAAGGGAGUGCGCUUGGAGUCGGUUAAUGACACCGCUAUGUUGGCCAUCGGUGGAAGGAAGCGUCCGGCGGAAGCUGCCCCACCGGAAGCUACUCCCAGCGGUUCAGCGGCUGUUGGUCCUCCGGCUCAGCGACCAUUUGGUCUGCGAUUCAAACAUCUGAGCAUCAGGGAUGUGCUGCAGUUCAUGGAGGAGGACAGGCGCUACUCACGCUCCAAUAUGCUCUUCGAAGCCUACCUGAAGUACAAGUACUGAAUAUUGGGUAUAUGGAUUUUUAAAAAAUGUUAUAGAAAUUAAAUGUCUCGUACAUCAUAUCACAAAACAAAGAAAAACAAUUU